UUAAUCUUCUAUUGUUCCAGUUCAGCGCAUCAAAGUUCAGGUUUCAGUAACCAGGAAGACGUCGGGAAAAGUGUCUUUUAAGGAAAAAACCGACUUCGAAAAUGGAAUCACAUGAGAAGAUGGCCAAGAUCGCGGCUGAACCCCGGGAUCUUGUCGAUGUGAACUUAGAUUUGGAAAAUACUAAAAUUAAUGGCAUCACAAAAAAAAACAGGCAGCUCAAAGACCUUGACGAUCUAUUCCCCUAUAUCGGGGACUUUGGCUGGUACCAACGGAUGCUGUUCCUUCUCAUGAUACCAUACGCAUUCUUUUUCGCCUUCGUUUACUUCUCUCAAAUAUUCAUGACCGUCGUGCCGGCCGAGCAUUGGUGCUUUGUUCAGGAGUUGGAGCACUUGAGUGUUGAAGACCGACGCCAUCUGUCGAUCCCCCAAACCGAUGAUACUAAAUACGAAAAGUGCCUAGUCUACGACGUGGAUUGGUCGAAAGUUCUAGAAGGCGGCAGUUUGACACCAAAUACAACAUGGCCGAUGAAGAAAUGUCAGGACAAAUGGGAGUUUAAUUUCACUGACGUGCCCUACGAAACGAUCGCCACUCAGCUCGGUUGGGUUUGUGAUAAGGACGAGUACCCAGCGACGGCGCAAGCGGUUUUCUUCUGCGGAGCGAUAGUUGGGGGACUAAUUUUUGGAUGGAUAGCUGACAAAUUUGGAAGAGUACCGGCUAUCGUUGGAACGAAUCUGGCCGGCUUUCUCGCUGGAGUGGGUACUGCCUUCGCAAACAGCUUCUGGUCCUUCUGUCUGUGCCGGUUCCUGGUGGGUCUGGCAUACGACAACUGCUUCGUGAUCAUGUACAUCGUUGUGAUAGAAUACGUCGGUCCAAAAUGGCGGACAUUUGUCGCGAACAUGUCUAUAGCUGUUUACUUCACGUUCGCCGCCUGCCUCCUGCCCUGGAUCGCUCUGGGGGUGUCAGAUUGGAAGAUAUAUACCCUGGUAACCAGCGUGCCUCUGGUGUUGUCGAUAUUCACCCCCUGUCUGGUACCAGAGAGCGCCAGGUGGCUGAUAGCUCAAGGUCGAAUAGACGAAGCUUUGAAUAUCUUGAAGAAGUGUGAACGAAUGAACAGAAAGAAGAUCCCCGAUGAGAUCAUCAAGGAAUUCAAAGAGACCGCCCAAGAGAUAGCGCUUGCGGAGCAGGAGAUCGCGCAGUACUCGGUGCUGGAGCUGUUCCGCUCGCCGCGCCUGCGCCGGCGCAGCGUGCUGCUGGUGCUGAUGUGGAUGUGCGUGUCGCUCGUGUUCGACGGGCACGUGCGCAGCGUGGGCGCGCUCGGCCUCGACGUGUUCCUCACCUUCACCGUCGCCACCGCCACCGAGUUCCCGGCCGACGUGCUGCUCGUCUUGACGCUGGACGUGAUCGGGAGACGUUGGCUCGCUUUCGGAUCGAUGGUGAUCAGUGGACUGUUCAGCUUCCUCGCUACUACUGUGCCUUUUGGGCUCCCGUCUGCAUCACUGGCUAUCCUGGGCCGGUUCUCGGUGAACGUCUCGUACAACAUCGGCAUGCAGUUCGCGGCCGAGCUGCUGCCGACGGUCCUGCGCGCGCAGGGACUCGCGCUCAUUCACAUCGCCGGGUACUUCGCCACCAUCCUCGUGCCGUACAUCGUGUACUCGGCGACGCUGUGGUCGUCGCUGCCGCUGCUGAUCCUGGGCGCGCUGGGCGUGUGCGGCGGCUGCGUGGCGCUGCUGCUGCCGGAGUCGCUCGGCGCCGACAUGCCGCAGUCUGUGCGCGACGCAGAGAACUUCGGGAGCGGACAGGGCUUCUGGGACGGACCCUGGAAUAGAAAGGUGAGCGACUCCAAGAACGAGACCAGCCAAGUGUGAAUUUGUAAUUCGGAUCAGUUCUACUGAAAUACGUUAACGUAACCAGCUUU